UCAGGAGCUCCGCUCAGAAGUAAGAGAGAGGCAGAAGCUGCCAGAAAGCAAAACUAAUGUCUGCUCACGCUAGCAUGCGCUGCUGCUCCUUCUACAGACACAGCAGUUUAAGAAAUGUCCGGAAACUCGUACAAUGCGUAAACCGGGACAUUGAGCGCCUGUACUCCAGCCCUACGCACAAGGAAAAUCAGCUUGAACUUGGAGACUCGACUUUAUCUGCGCCCAACUUCGCCUUGCCUCUGAAAAGCAGAUCGAGAGAGGAGAAGCUAAGAGAGGACAGCGUGCUGCCCUUUUCAGCCUUCUUGACUGACAACUUUGGCCGGAGACACAGCUACCUGCGUAUCUCCCUUACUGAGAAAUGCAACCUGCGCUGUCAGUACUGCAUGCCAGAGGAGGGGGUGAAGCUUACGCCACGGGCCCAGCUGCUGUCCACCUCGGAGGUACUGACCCUGGCUCGUCUCUUUGUGCAGGAGGGGGUGGAAAAAAUCCGCCUCACUGGAGGAGAGCCCCUCAUCAGACCUGAUGUGCUGGAUAUCAUCUCCGAGCUGAGGAAGUUGGAGGGCCUGAAAACAAUUGCAGUGACAACCAACGGCAUGAACUUGGCCAGACUUCUGCCCAAGCUGAAAGACGCUGGCCUUGACCUGAUUAACAUAAGCCUGGAUUCGCUGGUGCCGGCCAAGUUUGAGUUCAUUGUCAGGAGGAAAGGGUUCCACAAGGUCAUGGAGGGCAUUGAUAAAGCCAUCGAAAUGGGCUACAACCCCGUCAAGGUUAACUGUGUGGUGAUGCGAGGCCUCAACGAGGACGAGCUGCUAGACUUUGUGGCGCUGACAGAGAAGAAGCCUCUGGAGGUGCGCUUCAUCGAAUACAUGCCCUUCGAUGGCAACAAGUGGAACUUUAAGAAGAUGGUGAGUUACCAGGAGAUGCUGGACCACAUUAGGCAGCAGUGGCCCAACUUAGAAAAGCUUCAGACCGGACACACAGACACCGCCAAGACAUUUAAAGUGCCAGGCUUCAAAGGUCAGGUGGGCUUCAUCACCUCCAUGUCUGACCAUUUCUGUGGCUCCUGCAACCGCUUACGCAUCACUGCCGACGGCAGCCUCAAGGUGUGUUUGUUCGGGAACUCUGAGGUGUCCUUGAGAGAUGUCUUGCGCUCCGGAGCGUCACAUGAGGAGCUACUGCAAAUCAUUGGAGCAGCUGUGGGCAGGAAGAAGAAGCAACAUGCAGGCAUGUUCAGUAUCUCCCAGAUGAAGAACAGGCCUAUGAUCCUCAUUGCAGCUCCUGCCAUGGGCCAUCCAGGCAGCAGGAGAGUCCUGAACAGAGGUGGUUUUUUGUGCCUUCCAGACUGUGCUCCUUCAGCUCCGGCAGCACAUGUUUACUGCUCUGGAACCUUAAUUAGUGGGGGUGCCCAUGUUACAUCACAUAUCAACAAAGAAAAACCUAAUGCGACGGACGUUCUUCGCCGUGUAACACCACUUCAGUCCUCUGAGUUUAGUAAUGGCCUCACUCUCACCAGCUGUCACGCUAAGACUUCAAGUAUUGCUACACGCACAAAUGUCAUGAGCUACAUUAACGAAGACUGUCUCAGGUACGCACAAGCCAGUGUUCCUAAUGCUUUAAGGGGCCACUUACUCAGGAUCCCAGCGACACCUAUUUUUAUGAAUGCCAAAAUACAUCUUAAACACUACAAUGUUAGACUGUGCCACAAUCAGAGUUCCAGCGAGGAGCCCAGUGUCAAACUCAAACAGCCUGUGAGUGAUCAGACCAAGUCGGACAACAGUCACCCGGAUGACGCCACCGAAGCACAUCUAACGCAUACGGACGCCCAGGGCCGAGCCACAAUGGUGGAUGUUGGGGGGAAAGCCCCCACGCGUCGCACAGCCACAGCCCGCGCCACCGUCAUGUUAGGCUCCACUGCCUUCCGGCUGCUUCGGGAUAACCAGCUGACUAAGGGUGACGCCUUGGCUGUGGCGCAGUUGGCUGGCAUUAUGGCUUCCAAGCAGACUUCAGCCCUCAUCCCGCUCUGUCACACGCUCCCCUUAGACCACGCCUCCGUCACCUUCGACCUCGAUGAGCUGCAGAACGCCGCGGUCAUCACAGCGACGUGCCGCACCAUGGGCAGGACGGGAGUUGAGAUGGAGGCUCUGACAGCUGUGUCUGUUGCAGCGCUGACCAUCUAUGACAUGUGCAAGGCGGUGAGCCAUGACAUCAUCAUCACGGACGUUAAACUGCUCGGUAAGACGGGCGGGAAGAGGGACUUUCAUCGUCACCCUUGACCUCCUCCCUCACUGAUGAAUCCAACGCAGGAAAACAGAAUGAAGGACUUGUGAGCAACAUAAUCCCACACAAUAUGAAUCAUGUUAUCCAAGCAGUCUUAAUUUUAACUUAAAUUAUGCAUUGCAAGUAUUUUCAGUGUCAUACCUGUGAUAGUAUGUCCUCUAACACAUGCAGUAUCUGACAAGAGUGCAACAAGUGAAGAGCAUACAAGACAUGUGAGGCUGCAGUGUUUCUGUUUGUCUCUAGAGGGCACCCAAGCACCACAUCUGUUUGCAUAGGUCUCUGCAAAGAACGAACUGAGGGCGACCUCAACACUAGCGACAGGUUGAAUGCAUUUAUCUUUUAUUAACUUACAUGGACUUUAAAGAAAGUUCCAUUCAGAAUGAAGCCAAGGUGCCUGACCUGAAAGCUGAGCACAGGAGUGUGUGUCUCAGUUUCUUGAUGAUUUUCCCAGGUCUGCUAGGAGACAUCAAGCCAGUGAAAUAUCACAUCCUCUAUAUGCUCCUCUACUUACCUGCUCUGAGUCACUAUGAUUAAUAGUACUAUGAAUGUAAUGCAAUUGUUGUGGUUCAUUUAGUUGGAUGAAAUGCAACUUCAUCAUUUUGUAAGUGAUGAUAAUUGGCCAAGAAUUCACUCAAGCAUUUACUGGAUUUCAUUUUAGUUUUUUUUAUUUUCUUUCUGCCUCUUUAGUACACUAGAAGCUCUGGAUAUUUGUACUUGCACCACAUUACAGUGGAGGAUGAUAGUAAGGGGAUUUGUUUAGCUCUUGCUCUGAAAUGUCCACUGUUCAUGUAAUGGGUGAUAACACAAAUGACCCAUUGCACAACUUGAGUUCUCUUUGCCUCCAGAAUGAACUAGAAUGAUUGUGUCUGUUGAUUUGAUUUCAGCUUAAAAUGUAGAAAUGUCUAAAAAGUCUUACUGUGUGGUGAAAUAACAACUGAUGCAGCCUCCACAUACUGCAUGUCACAGUCAUUUAGCCAGUAUCACCGUAGGUGCAGCCCUCUCUGGUCUGUUCUCACUGAAUAUUCGAGAACUAAAUAUUGCUCUUUUUGUAUCAUAGCAAAUACAACCCUGAUUCCAAAAAAGUUGGGAUGGGUGGUAAACCUCGCUCCAUUGUCGCUUGUGAUUGACCGAGCCUUUCCAGGAUGCUCCUUUCAUACCCAAUCAUGAUGCUAUCACCUGUUACCAACCAAACGUGUUGCUGCAUCAAAUUUAGAAUAAGCAGAUAUUUACAAAACAAAUAGUUGAUGAGUUGAAAUAUGAAAUUUAUUAGUAAUAUAUGUAUAUUUAUGCUGUUUUCAACUCAUUCUGUUUUAUUUACGUUUUAUACCGAGUCCCAACUUUUUGGGAAUCCAGGUUGUAGUACAUUGCUGUGUGAGUUGCUGGAGGCCUGUGUAGCAGUUAUUUUCCCUUUUAAAAAUUAAAAUAUUCUAUAGUCUUUCUCCUGUGAUGUCUUAAUGUGUCUGAAAGUUGAGCAUUGUGUGAUUCCACAAGACGUUUUCUGUCAUUUACAGUACGUUCCAUGGUGUUCUAUUUGGUAAUCAAAGAAAAAAAGAACAGGCAUGUGAUCCUCAUACAAAAACUAACAUACUAAUUUCUCACACACUGGCCUCGUUCUGUCACUGGAGAUCAUGGGCUGAUGAUACUGUAAACAUGUCCUACUAAUGUUGAACAAAACAAUAUGAAUAUCUCUGUUUGCUGUGAUGCUGCCGCUAUUUUCUCUCACUUUUACCUGGAUUUUUUGUUAAUGGUGAUCAACUGAUCACUUAAUUGUGGUUUCAGGUCUAAUCUCUUUGUUCACGUGGGCUGUUACAAAGCCAAAACUGCAACGAUUGGCUUCGAACUUACAAUGAAAUAAUUUUUGUCAGACAGUCUCUGUGUGAUAUUUGAAACUCACUGAAUGAAUCUGUGCUCUCAGGCAAGAUGACUUUUUGUACUGUUUGCAGCACCAGUCCAAUGCCAGCAGCUAUAUAUAUAGCAGCUUUUGGACAGACUGACCAGUAAUGAGUAACAUAUUUCCAAACUGGCAGUGCAACCUUAAAGAGAUCUGACUAACGAUACAACAAAAUAAAAAAGAGAUAACAGAUACCAUGAAGCUUUUGGGGUUAGAGGCUUGUGCAAUAAUAAUUUAUAACUUCAACAAUUUCUAUUUUGAUUUAUUUUAUGUGUUGAUCGGAGCUCUUACUAUUAUUAUUAACUGUUAUCAACUGUAAAUGUAAUAA